CUCUCCCUCCCCUCCCCUACCCCAGACUUCACCCCCAUAUCCCAGCACUGCACCCCCCCUCCCAUCCCCGCGUCCUCCUACCAUUCCCGUCUCGCACAGCUCACUUCCACCCUCUCAUCGCUCAACGCCAGUGCAUACAUCCUCGAGCCCUCCCCUUCCUCCCUCUACUACCUGAACGUCUCCCUCUCCUCCUGGGGCCUCUCCGAGCGUCCUCUGCUACUUAUCAUCCCCCGCUCAGGGCCCAUACGUGUCCUUACCCCGAAAUUCGAAGCUCCGCGCGCUAGGCUCUUGCCCUUGCCUGUGCAGGCAGAGUAUGUCCUCUGGGAGGAGGAAGAAGAUCCUUAUGCUGCUGCUGUGGCCGCGCUGCCUCAGGGCAGGUUGUUGGCGGACGGGACGACAAGGUUGUUUGUCGUUGACGGGUUAGGGCGUACAGGGAGGACAGUAGAGCUCGCUCCUCCCGCUAUCCAAUCCAUCAGGGAACGCAAAACAGAAGAAGAGCUAGAGAUCCUGAGGUGUGCUAACGAGAGGACUCUAUUGGCUAUUAGGGCCGUGCGCGGCUUGCUUAGGUUCGGCAUGCGGGAAUCCCAGGGCCGCGCUCUGAUGGGCCAAGCGCUAGCCCAAGCCGGCUUGAAAGAUCUAGACAACAUCUUCCUCGUCGGGGAGAAUGCCGCUCUGCCUCAUGGGAGAGGCACGGAUCGGGUGAUCGGGAAAUCUGAUUUUGUACUUAUUGACUGUGGGGGAUCCCUCCAUGGGUACCACAGUGACGUCACCCGAACGUUCGCCCUCCCCGGGUCAGAGAUCCCUUCUUCCCACCUCCAGCUGUGGUAUUCCGUGCAACACGCCCAGUCCCUCGCACUGCUCGCCGCCCACCCCGGCGCCCCAGCUCACACGAUAGACGCCGCCGCGCGUUCGUACCUCAACACUUCCCAUCUCGGCCCUUACUUCACCCACAGGGUAGGGCACGGCAUCGGCCUAGAAGUACACGAGUCGCCCUACCUAGUCGCUUCCAACCCCCGGGCUGUACAAGUGGGGAACACGUUCUCCGAUGAGCCGGGGGUGUAUGUAUUGGGCAAAAUGGGCGUGAGGCUGGAGGAUUGUUUUGAGGUCCUGGGCCUGGGUGUUGAGGGGCAGGAAGAGGGGGGGAGGGUGUUGACACUGGGUGUUGGGGGACUGGCGAGAAGUCCUUGGGAUAUCUAA